UCCGCGGUGCUGAAGCUCCACCGCGCAAUCCGCUUAUAACAGUCCGUGAGUCGAGCUCUCUCUGCGUUACUGCCGGAGCUCUGCGCGAUUCACCGGCAAAGACGCGAGUAGCCCACAUGCUUACAAGACCUCACGGACGUUUUAUUUGACAUUCGAGUGAUUCUCACCGCAUUGUUUAACACAAGGACAAAUUGUAGUGUGUUCUGAGGAGUCGUUUCAGUAUGUGCGUAAGGAUCGAGCUCCAAACGAACUGGCUCUUUCUGCUGCUCAUUCUGAGUCUUUCAGUGAUAUACACGCGUUGUCAAGAUGGAACUGUACAAACUCGGAGAGGAGGAGAGUCAGAACCAGAGAGAGAGUUUGACCCUUUCACCAGCAAACAGGAGCCACCAACUGAUGUCCAGCAGCUCACCACAGAUGCGGUACCAAUCCUCCCCAACCUAAGACUGCUCAAACUCCACUCGGCUCUGCUGACCAAGAGCUUCGAGGGAGAUCAGCAGUUUUUUAAAGAGGCGCCGCACACCGUGCCAACAGUCUCUACCUCUACAUCCAACACUGAACAUUCACUUCUGGUGCCUCAGGAGGAUGCAGCUGUCUUCUCUGACCUUGCGACCACAUUGACCAUGACUGCGACAUCUGUGGAACAAAGGACACCCAGCAAAAGCCGUAGUAGAACAUCAGAGAAGAUCAUGGUCACCUCUCCACCUCUCACAAACCCCACCAUUCCAAUAAGCCCUCCCACAAGCACAGGUCAAAAGACAGCUCUCAACACAACAACAAAGAAAGCCUUUGACAAGGAGUACUUUGCCACCACUGUCUCUGUCAACUUCACCUAAAAAGAAUCACGGAGGCCGGAGGGGAAAACCACACCAGGAUAUUUCUCUGAGACCUCUCCAGCUCACUGCGAUAUGAACUUCACAGACGCCGAGGGUUAUAUUGAGCUCCCCCCGGAUGUCUCGUUUGAUUCCCACAUUCAUUGCACCUGCCUGGUUACUGUAUAUCUGGGUUAUGGCGUUGAGAUUCAGGUGCUGAAUGCGAGUUUGGAUGUUGGGAUGGAGGCGGUUCUAGAGGAUCUAGGCGGACCCAUGGCCUCAAUUCUGGCCAACAACUCCAUGUUAUCCAGAGGUCUGGUGCUGCGGAGCUCUAGUAACCAGAUCUCAGUGCAGUUCAGCAGUGAAUGGCCCACUCAGCCUGGAUUAUUACUUUUGCGGUAUAGAGCCUUUGCUCUGAGUUGUGCAUCCCCGCUGGCCCCUGAAAAUGGCGAAGUAUCAGCCACUGGUCUUCAGGUGGGGGGCGUGGCCUAUUUCUCCUGUCUGAUUGGCUAUCAGCUCCAGGGCCCCUCCUCUCUCACUUGCCGAAAUGCCACCUCACCCUACUGGAGUGGCAGAGAGCCCAGGUGUCAAGUUUCUUGUGGGGGGAUGAUGAAAAAUGCCACUCAGGGUCGUAUUGUCUCUCCGGGGUUUCCAGGAAAUUACAGCAACAAUCUGACAUGUCACUGGGUACUGGAGGCCCCUGAGGGCCAUCGGCUCCAUGUUCACUUUGAGAAAGUGGCACUGGCUGAGGAUGAUGACAGGCUCCUCAUAAAGGAUGGGAGUAACAUUGACUCUCCGCCCCUGUAUGACUCGUAUGCAGUCGAGUAUCUGCCCACUGAGGGGGUCACCAGCACAGGCAGGCAUCUGUUUGUGGAAUUCACCAGUGAUGAGAUGGGCACAUGCACUGGCGCUGCCAUCCGAUAUGAAGGAUUUGCUCAGGGCAGCUGUUAUGAGCCGUUUGUGAAGUAUGGAAAUUUCUCUACAAGUGAUCCUGCUUUUGGAGUUGGUUCUGUGGUGGAGUUCACCUGUGAGCCUGGUUAUACACUGGAGCAGGGCGCUGUUAUUUUAGAGUGCGUAAAUGAUGAAAAUCCACAAUGGAAUGAGACAGAGCCAGCCUGCAGAGCGGUGUGCAGUGGAGAAAUAACAGAUUCAGCAGGAGUGGUGCUUUCUCCAAACUGGCCUGAAGCGUAUGACAAAGGCCAGGAUUGUAUCUGGGGUCUACAUGUGGAGGAAGACAAGAGAUUUAUGCUGGAUGUCCAGGUUCUUCGUCUGGGAAAGAAUGACCUGUUGACCUUUUAUGAUGGUGAUGACCUCACAGCCAACAUCCUGGGCCAGUACAGCGGUUUUCUUCCUCGAUUUAGACUCUACACCUCUACAGCCGAUGUGACCGUCCAGUUUCAAUCUGAUCCAGCCUCCAACGUCUACGGAUACAACAAUGGCUUUGUGGUGCAUUUCUUUGAAGUGCCACGUAACGACACCUGUGCAGAGCUGCCAGAAAUCCUUAAUGGCUGGAAGAGCACUUCUCAUCCCGACCUGACCCAUGGCACCGUUAUUACCUACCAGUGUUACCCAGGCUUCCGUCUGCAGGGCUCAGAGAUCCUGAUGUGCCAGUGGGAUCUGACAUGGAGUGGAGACGUCCCCGUCUGCGAGAAAAUUGUGUCAUGUGAGGAUCCGGGGCUAGUGGACAACAGCCGGAGACUGGUAAGCGGCUCUCGUUUCGCUGUGGGAUCAUCCGUGGAAUACAUUUGCAACAAAGGAUACUCACUUUCUGGCCCAGGAGUGCUCACUUGCUACAGCAGAGAUACUGCAGACCCAAAGUGGAGUGAAAGACUGCCCAAAUGUGUCCCUGAAAGAUAUGAACCCUGCAGUAACCCUGGUGCCCCCUCCACGGCCAUCCAAAGUUCAGAGACAGCAUUCUUCCAGGCAGGAGAGACUCUGAGCUUCACCUGCCGUACAGGUUAUGUGCUUCAGGGUGAACCCACUAUCCACUGCCUCCCUGGACAUCCGUCUCAAUGGAGCGGAGCGCCACCCAUGUGCAGAGCUUCGUCAAGAAACAAUGAGGAACACAAAUUGAAUGCUGCUGAUUCAGAGUUUGACGUGGAGGGCGUCAACAUGGCCAUCGCAGUUCUGAUUCCUGUAGCGGUGGUGCUGAUGCUCCUCCUGGUCGUUUUCCUCUGCAUCUCAAUAGCUCAAAGCAAGACUUUUCAGCUUCCUGGCUCGUCAUCUCUACCAUAUGAUAACAUGACAGAAGAAUCUGCAUUUGACAACCCUGUGUAUGAGACGGGAGUAAGUAUGGAUGCCAUGAACCUCAGAGACGUGGGCUCUCACAACACCAUCGUCCUGUCCUGAUCAACCCUGCCUGCCAUUCUGUCAUUCCACCUGUUAUUUAUGACAUUGACUUGGUCUGCAGAACAAAUAGUGCGAAUAAACAGAGUUAAAUGGCUAAACAGCAAACAGAGAAAUAUGCUUUUAUUUUAAAGGCCAGUAUUUAUACUUUAAUGUAGCCGUAUCAGUACCAUGUAAUGGCGCUACUAAAGAAUUAAGGACACGAUAUAUAAUAAAACUGUCUUCAUAAUUUAGUGCUUAAUGUUACAUAAAAUCUUAAGACUUAUUUUAAUGUCUUUUUUGUUUUAAUAUUUCAAGUUCAAAAAUUGCUGCUGUAUAUUCAUAACAUACUAAGGGUUAGAAUAAAAUAUGUCAGGUUGCAGUGGAGAAGGAAAGUCAUGGAGUCCCUCAUGAAAACAUUCAUUUUAGAUGUAAAAACCCAUUUAGGCUCGAGGCUGUGGGUCAUCGAUAUCUAGAACUCAGCAGGUGUGUGUGUGUGCUGGUUUUUGUGGUUUAUGGGGACAAAAUUUGUAUAAUAACAUGGGUAUGACAGAGGUAUUACAAUUUGAAGGAGGUUUAUGAAAAGCUUAAGGCUUAAAAAACAUACUAAAUGGUGUUUUUUUUUUUAUCUAAAAACGCAGACAGUUUCCUGUAAGGGGUAGGUUUAGGUGUAGGGUUGGUGUAGGACAAUAGCACAUACAGUUUGUACAGUAUAAAAACCAUUACGCCUAUGGAGAGUCCCCGUAAACCACUAAAACAAACGUGUGUGUGUGUGUGUGUGUCUCAAUUUACCCUCUUCAUGUUCUCAUAUUGGAUGUUAAUUCUUACUAAUACUGGAGUACCUCAUAAUAACCAAAAAUCAUCUCCUAAUCAUCAAGUUACCGAGUCGCUGAUAUCUGUUGAAUGUGAAAAAUGUGAAAUAUCUGUUGAAUGUGAAAAAUGUCCAAAUUCCACUUGAAUGAUCAUACAAUUAUUAAUGUUUAGUUAAACUAUAUCUCACAGGACUCUUGUUUGUGUUUCAAAUCAUUUAUGCUCACAUGUUCAUCAUUUUGUGUUUCAUGAGUUUUCUCUCUUUUGAUUCAAAUAACAAUAAAAUGCUAAUGAAGCUCUUGAAUUAGCUUGCACAUUGUACAUUUAUAAACUUAUCAAAGCUACAAUACCAUUCAGAAAUUUAGAUUAAUUUUUUUUAUUUUAAAGAAGUAGUGCUUCUCAGCAAGGACGCAUUCAGUUGAUCAAAAGUGACAGAAAAGACAUUUACACUGUUACAAAAAUGCAUAAUGGUUUCCAUAAAAAAUAUUAAGCAGCACAACAUUGAUAAAAAUAAGAAGUGACUUUGAGUACCAAAUCAUAUUAUUGCAUAUCUGAAUGAUUUCUGGAGGAUCAUGUGACACUGAAGACUGAAAUAAUGGCUGCUGAAAAUUCAGCUUUGCAUAACAGAAAUAUAUUACAUUUUAAAAUAUAUAGAAAAGAAAAGUUAUUUUAAACUAAUUACAUUCUAAAAAUUUUCGGUUUUACUGUAUUUUUGAUCAAUUAAAAGCAGCCUUGGUGAGCAUAAGAGACUUCUUUCAAAAAUAUUUUAAAAAUCUAACCCCAAACUUUUAAACAAAUUAUAAUAAAUGUGAUAUUUUUUAGAUGUAUGUCACUUCCAAAGCUGUGUAUUUUUUUUUGCACAAUGUUUUUUUGCUUCAAGUACAACUUGGAUCACCAGCUGUAUUUAAGUGGGCUCUGAAUGAAGACUUUGAACGUUACGACAAAGAGGAACUACUGUACUGAAAUUUGAUUUGUUUAUCUUUUCAGGAUGCAAGGCAAUACGAGGUGUGUAUGUAAAAUUCACCUGUCUUUCUUUUGGCACCUCUCCCUUUUUUCUGCUGGGCUCCUGUAAAUGUAUUUUUCUCCAAGACCUCUGCCAGCACAUUAAUGAUGGUGGACAAUAGGGUGUUAUUUCUGUAGCACAUCAGAGCCUGAGGUUUGUGUUGUACUCUUUUUUUUUUUUGUUUUUUGUCUGGUGAAAUUCCCCAAGGCUCACACCUUGAGGCUGGACUAUAUCAGAAUGCACUGGAGUCUUUGUUUCACAUUGGGGAACCACAGAGGUGGAAGCUGCUUUCACCACAUGCAGCAAAACCUAUGAGAGUUGGGAGAGUGAGAGUCUUG